AUGGCGUUCCAGUUCCAACAAUCCGUCCUCGUGGACGGCGAGUGGGUAUCGAGAUCUACCAACGCCUACGACAUCAUGCCCCGCAGCCAUGACUCUGCGGCGGUAGAUGAGGACCAACCCAUGCUGCCCGAGCCGACACCCUGUCUCGGUAUCCUUUCUCGGACAAUCAUCGAAACUCCUCUCUUCAAAUUCAUCCUAUCCGCCAAUAUACGGCGUAGUGGCUUGAGCGAUGUUCUCUACGUGGGCGAAGACUUUGUCCAGCUGCACGAGAUCGGUGACUACGGCCAUCUUCGUCAUGUAGCCACAAAGUCCGAUUUCAAGGGCAAAAUCCUGGCCGCUCGCGUCUUUGGCGACCCAAGAAAAGUCCAUGUCAGUACCUCUGAUCGCAAUCCGCUGCUGAAACGCGCCACCAUCCACCGCGCGAGGACAUCGGUGACAGGCAAUGAAGAGACGGUCUUACCCCCAGAUAUUGCUGUACUGACACUGAGCUCGAGAACCCUCAUGUUCCUGUGGGCCAGUCAAAUCCAACCAGGUCUCCUGACCUUCCACCAAAAGACUCUUCGUUUGCCAGUGGGUCACUCACGCUUCGAUCGUACCGGUAAUCAUCUUGCAAUCGACCCCAAGGGUCGUGCUAUGGCCGUGGCUGCCUCCGAAGGCCUGUUCGUGCUGUACAAACUCAAACCGAUGGAUGUUUGGCGAAAAGAGAUGCGCGAUGGAAACGAUGGCCUGCCCAUUGUUGAUGAGGUCAUCGUCCCCUUCGAAGGGCGUGUCAUGCAUAUGGAGUUCUUGUCACCAAGUCACGCGCAAGAUGACGCUCACGUGGUUCUUGUCUUCAUUUACGUCGACGAGGGCCGCACCAAAGUGGCUUCCUAUGAGUGGGAUUUUGGAAAUAGUCUAGGUGACACAAUGACGGAAACGAAAAAAUCCUUCGUCAUUCCCGAGGAUAGCUAUCCUUCCCUUCUCAUUCCCUUACAACAUGAUUCCAAUUUCCUCCUUGUCUGCGAUAAUCACCUUUCUUUAUAUCAAUCUGUUCUUUCUGGGCCCCCAGACACUAUGCCAAUUUCGAUACCCGACCAUAUACGAGCUCCGCUCCACCCAGCUGCCAGCAGUAGUAUGCCACAAUGGGUGCAAUGGGACAAAGCCUUGCGAAAUCCCGAUUUUGAUAAAGAGGUUUUCUACAUCGCCCGUGAAGACGGCAGGGUCAUGUAUGUGCAAUGUGGGCGCACGACUGGUAUCGAAAUCUCGGCCGAAGGGGAUCUGAAAAAGCCCAUUGACACUGCCUUCGCCUUUCUCGCUGUGGACAAUUCCGAAUUUGCGCAUUGCUAUCCCGACGUGCUUAUAUCAGGAGGCGUGGGAGGUGAUGGUCUUGUGCAUAAAAUCGGCGCCUGGCCCACAGAAUACGAGUACGCCCAGGGUAUAUUAGGGAAUGGAUUCUCGCGUCUUGAGUCGAUCCCGUGCUGGGCCCCUGUGGCUGACAUGGUUGCCACAAAGGUCUCCGGUGGACGAACACUACCUCCACCCUCACGUGCGAGCAUAUUCGUAACCAACGGAAAAUCAAUGCAUGGGGAGAUAUCCGAGCUACGGCGAGGCCUUAAAGCUCUCAUAGACUGCUCCUUUCGGGGUAUGAAAGGAUGUACAGGUCUAUGGGUUCUGGAUCAGGGCGUGGAAAGUGUCGAACACGACGGACAAACCACGAAGCAGCACCAUGCAACGUUUAUAUUCACCCUACCUCCAGAGACUAUUGUGAUUCGUGCUACUCGAAUGCAGACAGAAGGCGUCAUAGAUGACAAUGAUUCCAACAGCGCAUGGGCAAAAGGAAACUGGGAUAUAGUACAAAUCCCGGGCAGCGGUGACGAACCAAUACAGGACUCGAUUAUGCGUGCAAAAGAGACAAUCGCAGCUUGCAUUCUGGACGAUGAUUAUGCCGUCCAAAUAUCGCAUAACGAAGUUCGCUGUCUCCACCGUCCGGCCCUCACGGCUACGAGCUCAUACACUCUCCCGGGCACCUUACUCAGAGCUUCGACAAGGAAUCACAUACCAUAUGUCGCCCUGUCGUUUCGGAUGGGUAACCAAGCGGUCAUCGAGGUCGCUCGUAUACAUCCCGGAGGUAUAAUUGAGACCGACCCCGAAAAAAGGAUAAGAUACAAUCUACCAGACGAUCCUACCUGUGUCGAGCUUUUUUCGUUCGAUGAUGGUGAUGGUGAAGGCAUCUUGCUGUUCGUUGGCACCAUCACGGGUAGUAUCAUGAUUUUCAAAAUAGAACACAGCUCACUCAAGCUUGUCGUCUCCGAGAUCUUUCCAUUUUCUGCUGCAGGGCUACCUACAAUAUGCGAGAGUGCGGUUUUACUAGUGCUUGGAGAGCAUCGGCAGUUGGUAUGCGGUGCGCGUGACGGAUCCAUGGUCUUAGUAGACUUUGCAGCAGAUAGCGAUGGCGAAUCAUCCUACCCAACACAUACACAACAACAUUCGAACAUCAGAAUCAAGUCUCGCGAACCAGUACAGAUGGGCUCCACAGCUGUACAACUUCGCCCCUGCUCCACUGAUCCUUCUUCAGCUUUCUUGGCUUGUGGAUCUGAGUUUUGUCGAAUCACAUUGUCGGGCUCUGGCCCGCGCGCCAUCGAUGUCAAUCCCAUUUGGCUUGUUGAUCGUCACAUACAGACGUAUGCUCAGGGUCCCAUUGUCGCAUUGGAUCAACUCCCUUUCGUGCCCAACUCGGCAAGCACUGGUAGGGGUCUCGGCGGAUUCAUUUUCACCGUGUCCGGAGAGCAAAUGCUCCUUGCACAGAUGGACUAUGACGUCCGGUGGUCUGGUCAGAAUGGCCAACCAGCAGUACAAGAGCAGAGCAAAGUUGUUCCUCGCACAAUUCCCACAGGUGCCUCGCCAAUGAAGAUGAUGUAUAUGGCUGGCACCACGCGUUUCAUGGUGGUCGCGACGAUGGAAAAUAAGGAGGUGCGUGCGCCGCCAAAUGGUUAUCGUACCGUACACUCAACCCUCAAAUUCCUGAAAAUGAGCGAGGAGCAAAUGAACGAAGAGCCUGAUAUCAAGAGCGAGGAUGAAGAGUUGAAUGCGAAUAAGUUUGUGGCCUACGAGUUUCAAUUGGAGCCAUACGAGCGCGUUUACUCUAUGGUGGAAUGGGUCAUGGACACCGAUAAAGGCAAAAAGUACAAGAUUCUCGUGGUGGGCACUGGAAUCAAAAAGGGCCCUGGCCAAGAAGAAGGUCGGCGGCUAUUCUUCAACGCAGGAGGCAAAUCUGGGGUCAAACUGAUGAAACAGAUCCCCCAUACAUCUCCGGUCCGCUGUCUGGGGAUAUAUAAAAGCACGUAUCUGGUUGCUAUCAUUGGCAAAACUAUACGCAUAUACGACUUCGAGGCUGCCUCGCAAAAAUGGUCAAUAUGCGUGGAAGCGAAACUUCCAUCCAAUGGAGUUCAUAUGACAAUAUCCGACAGUUUCGUCUACAUUUCAACCUCCAAUGACUCCCUUAUAUGCUAUCAGAUCCUGCAUAUCGAACAAAUGGAGCAGCACCUUCGCCUCAAAAAGCUCUUCACUGAUUCCCGCGAACGUCCGUCGACGCACCAUCUUGUUUACGACGUCCCAGCAUCUAAGACCUUCGACGAUGACGAUGGCAUGAUGAGCGCAGAUGACUUCCCAGCGUCGGCCCGUUCUGAACCAACCUCUCGACUUGUCCUCCUCGCAGACAAAGCCUGCUCUGUCACAGGACUCUUCCACCCCUCACCGACCUCCCAAAAGUUGGCAGCGCCGAUGUUCUUUGAAGCCGAGCUUCCACGCUCUGUCAUCCGGCUUUACCGUGCCGAUGUUCGACCUCCCUGGCGACGCUCUUAUGUCGCUUACCCACUCAAGGAAUGGCCGACGAGGCCACCACAUGCGCCCUAUGGUAUCCUCGCCGACGACAUCUUAGGCGCCACCUCGGACGGCACGAUAUACUCUUUCAGCAUUCUUUCCGUCCCCGCUUUGCGUGUCCUCCGCUUUAUUCAAAAUCUACUCGUUGCAAAGCGGAAAAGGGACCCGGCGCUACAAUAUUCUUCUGCCGUCGGAUAUGGACAGCACCAGCAGCAAAACAAUAGUGACAUCUUCGACGUAUUGCUGAGGAACAGUCCAGAAGGCGCGCGCGAAGAGGAAAACGACACUAUCUGCGCCCGCGACGUGGACCCUAGAGUCCAUGGACCCGAAGACGAUGAAGACGUUAAUUCCAUGGACCAAGGCGUGCAAGGCGGGCAAGCAAGAGCCAUGCACGUCGACGGGGAUUUGCUGAUCCGAUGGUGGAAGGCCGGAGACCGUAGCAGUAGCCCCGAUCUCCUCACUUUACUACGGGAUGGGUGCGAGGACAGGGUCGAGACGGUCUUUUGCACCUUGUUCCUCGAACUUUUGGGUUGUCCGGAUUACGCGUUCAUGGCGGCUUGGGAGAUUAGGUAUCCUGAAUUGACCGACAAGAAGGAGCGCUUGAUUAGAGUCGUCGAGGAUUGGCUUGGGGAUGUGCUAUUGGAUGUGCUUUGA